GUUUAGCUUGCGCCUGGUCCACAACUUUUUUUAGCGAAUUUUAUCGCCCGUUGAAUUUUAGUCAUUUUGGUGUGAUUCCACCACAGUGCCAGCAGUAGUUGGAGAAUCAUGUUGUCACGUGCUGUAGUGUUGAGAAGGCUCCUGGCCAGUCCUGGUACCCUGUCCACCGUCAACUCUCGCCUAGAGCAUACCCUCCCUCCCCUGCCCUAUGACUACGGAGCCCUCUCUCCUGUCAUCAAUGCAGACAUCAUGGAGCUUCAUCAUAAGAAGCACCAUGCCACCUAUGUCAACAAUCUCAACCUCGCUGAGAAGCAACUGCAAGAAGCCCAGGAAGCUGGGGAUAUUGGAAAGAUGAUUGCCCUGCAGCCAGCCGUCAAAUUCAAUGGAGGAGGCCACAUCAACCAUUCAAUUUUCUGGACUGUCAUGUCACCAAACGGUGGUGGUGAACCCUCAGGGGAGCUCCUGUCGGCCAUCAAUAGGGACUUUGGCUCUUUUGACAACAUGAAGCAGAAGCUCUCGGCUGCCUCCAUCGGAGUCCAAGGCUCGGGCUGGGGCUGGCUGGGUUACAACAAGACCACCCGCACCCUGGCCAUCGCAACAUGUGCCAACCAGGACCCGCUGGAGCCAACCACAGGUCUGGUUCCACUGUUUGGAAUUGAUGUCUGGGAACACGCCUACUACCUACAGUACAAGAAUGUUCGUCCGGACUACGUCAAAGCAAUCUUCAAUGUUGCCAACUGGGCUAAUAUUGAGGAGAGGUUCCAAAAGGCAAUGGCUGAUUCUUGAAUCUGUUUCUUCCACACUCAUCAAAAUAAGAUUGACUAUAUAAAGAAAAUCACGAUGUCAUAAAAUGAUGUUAUAAGUUUGAAGGACUUGAAAGCAUUACAUAGAAAUGUAUUGCAUGCUGUGUGGAAAACCAGAUAAAAUUGAUCCCAAAUUUAUACAGUUUUAACCCUAAACCCAUCAGGUUAACAUCAUGCUGUGUGUAGUAGAUAAACACCAGCUUUUGUUUCUUUUCAGGUGUUAUUUCUAAUGUUGUUUGAUUUGUGUUAAUUAGAAAAAUGAAGCAUGGUUGUAUCCAGCAAGAGUGAUGUGUAAAAAAGCGACGUGUAUCCACUUGAUUUCAUUUGGCAGAAUGAAUAAAUGAAAUACUCCUCAUUACAUCACUUUUCACAUUUUCGUUCUAUAUCUGGUGAGAAAAUUGUUUCAGGUUAAUACUUCCUAAUGCAAAGUUAUAUGGAAGAGACCUUUAUUUUGCAACAGUAUGGUGAGGCAGAUCUGGAUCCUGUCCACAUUUUACAUCUUAAUUUGCCUAGUCUUAUGUCUUCACAAUGAAGCUUCAGAAAAGAAUUUUCUCAAAAGUUCAGUUAUUUUAAAUUCACAACAUCCAUCUGAUUUGUAUUCACGCCUCAUGAUUUCAAAGAAUACCACCCUGAUAACGCACACAGUAAGAUAAAAAAGAAUUGUAAGAUUUUGAAUUGUUAAACUGACGAUAUUGUGCAAAAGUUGCAAGAAUCAUAUGGGCAUUCUAAAAGAAUGUAGCUCUAGGCAGUAAAGACAGAACUGCUUGGCAUAAUGUAUAAAAUAAAGUGUCAUUUUCGAGACAAUU